CCAAAUGGGAAGAAGGCAAUACAGUGCAAGUGGCUGGCAAAAAUCAAGACGGAUGAGAAAGGAGAGCCAUCAGUUUACAAGAGCAGGCUGGUGGCAAAGGGGUUUCAGCAGAAAGAGAAGGAAGAUUACAAAGAAGUGUUUGCCCUAACUGCUAAGUCUCCAACGCUACGUGUGCUGCUGGCGGUAGCUGCUGUGCGCAAAUGGAAGGUGAAGCAGAUGGACAUCGUAACCGCUUUUCUGUACGGCAUUGUGGAAGAGGAGGAGUACAUGGUUCAACCACCUGGCUAUGAGGAUGGAACCGGUCGUGUCUGCAAACUUAACAAGGCCAUCUAUGGCUUGAAGCAGGCCCCGAGAUGCUGGUACAACAGGCUGGCCAGUGCACUGGAAGGGAUUGGAUUCCGUGCGAGUGCAUACGACGAGAGCCUAUUCCUGAUGAGCGAGGGGGAGUCGCUUGUGCUUCUGCUGGUGUACGUGGAUGACAUCCUGCUCUUCAGCAGCAGUGACAAGGAGAUCGAUGGGGUGCAGCAGAAGCUCACAGAGCAGUUCAAGUGCAAGUCACUUGGAGAGGCAAGGUACUACCUGGGAAUGCACAUUGAGCGGGAUACUGAACGUGGCUGGCUCAAACUGCAUCAGGGACAGUACAUCAACACCUUGGCUGAGAAGUACUCUCUGCAGGAAGAACGGGAAGUGGUUACACCUUUGCCUUCCGAGUUCAAACUCAUAAAGGCAGCUGAAGGAGAAGGAGUUGAGUGUGAAGACCAGAGGCAAUUCCAAUCCAUGGUCGGGAGCCUACUCUACGCUGCUGUGCAUACUCGGCCUGACAUCAGCUUUGCUGUGGGACAGCUGGCUCGAGUAGUGCAAAAUCCAACAGAAGAGCAGUGUGGUGCAGCGGAGAGAGUGGUGCGCUACCUCAAGUCAUACCCUACAGUGGGAGUACAGUAUUCAGCCUCUGCUCAACUCAGUCAGAAAGGAGUUGAAGUUCUCAAAGAGAAGGGGGAGCAGCUCAGAGAAGGAAAGGUGUUCCUUUCCUGUUUUGCUGAUGCCACUUGGGCUUCUGAGCAUGAGGAUUCAUCAUCAGUUGGUGGAUACAUCUCCAUGGUGGGAGGUGGGCCUGUAAGUUGGAGGUCCAAGAAGCAGUCUGAAACGGCACUAUCUUCAGUGGAAUCUGAGUACAUGGCAAUGUUUCAUGCGGCAAAAGAAAUCAUUUGGCUAAGGAGGCUCUUGAAGGAGAUCGGCCAUAAACAGACUUGUGCGACACCUCUGUUCAGUGACAGCAAGGGAGCCAUUGCCAUGGCACGCAAUGCAGUUCUUCAUGGGUUGAACAAGCACAUGAGGAUCAAGUGGCAUUGGCUGCGGAAGGAGGUGAAGCUUGGGACACUGGAUCCGAUCUACAUGUGCUUGGUUUGUGCAUGACAUCGAGCACAUUCCAACGAGCCAAGAAUUGUUGGAAUCGGAGGACAUAUGAAGAAGUUACGAAGAAAUGUUUGAUGGAUUUGUUACAACUCAUUGGAAGUCCUUGUCAGCUGCUACACCAAAGUUGGAGAGCCCUAUAACGAGGAGGGACCAGCAUGUGUGGGACUUUUGUCCCCACCCUGCAGCUGCAGCAUUUGGGGUUUGGAGGCCAACCUGGUACAGUGUGAAUUUUGUCUUGCCAGGCUGGCUGAACCUGAGGAUGGGGAGUCAAGACUUUGACUCUUGUCAUGUUCUUGACCAUGGGCCUCCAGGGUCCUUCCCUUUCAUCCUUCCCUUCCCACCCCAC